UGAUGCUGUCAGGAUGUCUGACGGGAGACAGCGAACUUUGUCCACAUCUGGAGAGUCUCUGUAUCAGGUCCUGGGUCUGCAGAAAGGCUGUUGCCAUGACGACAUCAAGAAGUCCUACAGGAAGCUGGCGUUGCGGUUCCACCCCGAUAAGAACCCGGAGAACCCGGCGGCGGCGGAGAAGUUCAAGGAGCUGAACAGCGCCCACGCUGUGCUGUCGGACCCCAGCAGGAGGGGGGUCUACGACGCGUACGGGUCCCUGGGACUCUACGUGGCCCAGCAGUUCGGAGAGGACAACGUCAACGCCUACUUCAUGCUGUCCACCUGGUGGGCCAAGGUGGGCGGGGCUUACCCCGGCACUGUGUGAUGUCAUCAAACGGGAACGCUGU